ACGAAAACUUGGAUAGAAAUUUAGUGAGAGAAACAUAAACCAAAAAAAAACACACACACACACAAAACUGUGUCUUCAAAAAAAACCUUUCCUUUUAGAGUGAGAACACCAAAGACACCCACCUCCUCCACCAUCACCUCCACUUCCUUCACCUCCACCUCCACCUCCACCGCCAACCAUCGCCUUAUCGUUUCCAACACACACAUUGCAAAAUCAACAGCUCAUAACAAAAAUUAGAAUCGAUACAGCUUUUUUGUUUUUCUUCUAAUUUUCAAACCACAAACUUUUUCUUUUCCUUUUUCCACCGUGAUAAACAAGAAGGCGAUCUACUCACAAUCGAUCGCCUUCCUUUUUUCUCCUUUUGUUGCUGCGAUCGUUUUGAUUUUGUUUAUAUCGAGGAUCUAUCUAAUACUUGAAGGGAUAUUAGUGAAAUUAAGUGGAAUGUGAAUUGCAUGGGCUGAGGAUGCCAGAAUUGAGAAGUGGAGCUCGGAGAUCAAAGCGUCUUGAUGAUCUUCAGACUCUCCAACAACCUGUCAACCCAGCAGAUAAUUGGAUACAACCUGCUCAAAACAAGACCAGAAGGAGAGUUGGUGGUAGAGGAAGGGGUGGCAAUGCUACAGCUGUAGCUAAAGGGGCUUCACCAGCAAUUCCCAAUAGGCCGACCGCUGCAGGUAGAGGCCGAGGCAUUAGGUUGAUUGAUUUAGAUCCAGAACCUUGUGAGGUUGAAGCUGCGGCUUUAAGAGCUGCUGAACCUGGUUAUAAUCGAGUUGAGGUGGUGGCAGACAAAGAUAUUGCAAUGGAAGGUGGGAGUGCUGAUAAGGCAAUGGGAGUUGAAGAAGAAGGAAGCACAACUCCAGUUCCAGAGAGGGUGCAAGUGGGCAAUUCUCCUACAUAUAAAAUAGAAAGGAAGUUGGGUAAGGGUGGUUUUGGGCAAGUUUAUGUUGGCAGAAGAGUAAGUGGUGGUACUGAUAGAACUGGACCAGAUGCAAUUGAGGUUGCUUUGAAGUUUGAGCACCGAAAUAGCAAAGGUUGCAAUUAUGGCCCUCCUUAUGAGUGGCAAGUCUAUAAUACUCUAAACGGGUGUUAUGGAAUUCCUUGGGUACACUAUAAGGGGCGCCAGGGAGAUUUCUACAUUCUGGUCAUGGACAUGCUUGGACCCAGUCUUUGGGAUGUUUGGAAUUCCCUUGGCCAGUCAACCUGCAACAGGAUGUCACCAAAUAUGGUGGCCUGCAUUGCUGUGGAGGCAAUAUCGAUUCUCGAAAAGCUUCAUAUGAAGGGGUUUGUGCAUGGAGAUGUGAAGCCAGAGAACUUUUUACUUGGUCAACCUGGAACUGCUGAUGAGAAGAAGCUAUAUCUGAUUGAUCUUGGAUUGGCGUCUAGAUGGAAAGACCAAUCAUCCGGUCAACAUGUUGAUUAUGAUCAGAGGCCUGAUGUAUUCAGGGGAACAAUAAGGUAUGCUAGUGUACAUGCCCAUUUAGGUCGAACUGGAAGUCGGAGGGAUGAUCUUGAAUCAUUGGCCUACACUUUGAUAUUUCUUUUAAAAGGAAGGCUACCCUGGCAGGGGUAUCAGGGUGAUAACAAAAGUUUUCUUGUUUGUAAGAAAAAGAUGGCCACUUCUCCUGAGUUGAUGUGUUGUUUUUGUCCUGCCCCAUUCAAACAAUUUCUUGAAGCGGUUACUAAUAUGAAGUUUGAUGAGGAGCCCAAUUAUGCCAAGCUGAUAUCUUUCUUUGAUAGCUUGAUUGAACCUUGCGUUCCAUUGAGACCAAUUAGAAUUGAUGGAGCUCUCAAGGUUGGACAAAAACGUGGAAGAUUACUUAUAAACUUGGAGGAGGAUGAGCAACCUAAGAAGAAAGUACGAUUAGGCAGUCCAGCUACACAGUGGAUCUCUGUAUACAAUGCACGCCGACCAAUGAAGCAGAGAUAUCAUUAUAAUGUAGCUGAUGCGAGGCUACGGCAACAUGUGGACAAGGGUAAUGAAGAUGGGCUAUAUAUAAGUUGUGUGGCAUCUGCAACUAAUCUCUGGGCCCUAAUCAUGGAUGCUGGAACUGGUUUCACUUCACAGGUUUAUGAACUGUCAGCUGUCUUCCUGCACAAGGAUUGGAUUAUGGAACAGUGGGAAAAAAAUUUCUACAUUAGUUCAAUAGCUGGUGCAAGUAAUGGAAGUUCAUUAGUUGUCAUGUCGAAAGGAACUCCUUACACCCAGCAAUCUUACAAAGUAAGCGAAUCUUUUCCUUUUAAGUGGAUAAAUAAGAAAUGGAAAGAAGGGUUUCAUGUCACUUCCAUGACAACUGCUGGCAAUCGGUGGGGUGUGGUGAUGUCCAGGAAUGCUGGAUAUUCCGAUCAGGUUGUGGAGCUCGACUUUUUGUACCCAAGCGAAGGAAUACAUCGACGAUGGGAAAGUGGUUACAGGAUCACAUCUAUGGCUGCCACUGCUGACCAGGCAGCCUUCAUAUUAAGCAUUCCAAAAAGGAAAAUGGUUGAUGAAACCCAGGAAACUCUACGUACCUCUGCCUUCCCAAGUACCCAUGUAAAGGAAAAAUGGUCCAAAAAUCUCUACAUUGCAUCCAUCUGUUAUGGGAGAACCGUAUGCUAAUAUCUGACGGGAUACAUGUGGGGUAGGGCAUCGCCCCAAAAGAAAUUUAUAGUUUCAAAUUUUGAAAGCUGAGAGGGUAUUUUCAGACAUAACUUGGAAUACAUGGGGUGGCUGUAUCCUGCAAGUUAUGCUUCUCUUAUAGGAUGUCCUCACAUAUUGGAUUGUAAAAGGGAAAGUAAGAGAAAUAGAGAAAAGAGAGAAUUGAGAGCUUGUGCCCUGAGGCAUAACCUGAGCUGGUGGGUAAUAUCUUGUUGAAAUAUUUACUUAUAAUAGUACCUGGUGAAUGCAGCCAAGUUGUGCUUCA